AUGGCCGACAACCAGGCCCCUCCCCCAGAGUCAUCCAGCCAGGGUCGUGGCGGGCGUCGCCGCGGCCGCGGAGGGGCAGCUCCCUCCGGCCGUGGGGACUCCCAACAAAAUAAUGGCGAUGGAGCACGACGCCCCAAGCCUCGGACCCGUGGUGGUGGUCGUGGUGCUGGCGAUGCCGGGCGACAAACUCGCGAUACCGAUCAGGCCAACAAUCACGAUGCGCAGCCCUCGAAAGUCGCUGCGGCACCAGCAACCAAGAAACCGGUCGAAGCGGCUACAGACGAUGCAGAUGAUGGAGAAGUCUGUUUCAUCUGUGCCUCUGCAGUCGAACAUACCUCUGUCUCACCAUGUAACCAUAGAACGUGUCACAUUUGUGCGCUUCGGUUGCGAGCACUGUAUAAAAAUAAGGCUUGCGCUCAUUGCAGAACUGAAUCGAACUUCGUGAUUUUCACAGAUGACCCAGUGCGGCGGUACGAGGACUUCCACAAGAAGGACUUUGCUCGGACAGACGAUAAUCUUGGCAUCGAAUAUGAGAGCGAUGUGAUCUUCGAAGACACCCUGUUGUUGCUGCGAUACAACUGUCCAGACGAGGACUGCGACGUGGCCUGUCUGGGGUGGCCAGACUUGCACCGCCAUGUAAAGAGCAAGCAUGGAAAAGUCAUUGAUCUUUGUACUCGUAACAAGAAGGUCUUCACCCAUGAGCAUGAACUGUUCACGAUGGCGGAAUUGCGUAAACAUGAAAAGUCCGGCGAUGACAAGCCGGGAGCCAUAGAUCAGAGUGGUUUCAAGGGACACCCUGAGUGUGGGUUCUGUCGUCAGCGAUUCUAUGGCGACGAUGAGCUGUACACCCACUGCCGCGAUAGACACGAACGUUGCCACAUUUGUGAUCGACGCUCUUCCCACCGUCAACAACAAUAUUAUAUUGACUACAACGCACUUGAAAAACAUUUCCAUAAAGAUCAUUUCGUCUGUCUGGACAAAGAGUGUCUGGAAAAAAAGUUUGUCGUCUUCGAAUCGCAAAUGGACUUGAAAGGUCACCAAAUCGAAGCACACCCCGAAGGACUUUCCAAGGACAUUCGGCGAGACGCGAGAAUGGUUGAUCUGGCAGAGUUCGACAACAUGCGCACGCCUUAUCAACAGCAACGGCAACGCCGGGGUGCCGGUCGAGGCCGUGACCCCAAUGCCGAGCCACUCCCAAUCUCCAGUGCACAGCCAAUGACCCGUGCCGAAGUUGCAUAUCAACGACAGAUGGCUAUCCAAAGUUCCCAAUCUGUCUCGACUCGAAAUUUUGGCGGCCAGCUCACCCGGGACGACGUCCAACCCGUGCGUGCUCCCGAGCGAUCUGCCGCUGCCACUCCGGUGCAGUCUACUCCCGCAUCACGCUCUCAACCUCUCCCCACUGCGGCCUUUGAAAACCUCAACAUCGCUGCCAACAGCGCAUCCGCUUCACCACAAGACCAAGCUCGUCGAAUGCGCCAUGAGGCCGUAAUCUCACGUGCUUCAAACCUUCUUCGCAACGAUGCCACCAAACUGGCUGAGUUCCGUAGUAGGGUAUCAAGCUACCGCAGCUCUUCCAUCUCAGCGACUGAGCUUAUCGAUGCCUUUUUCUCAUUAUUUGACACAUCUAGCACCGAAUUGGGCAAGCUCAUUAAGGAGCUCGCUGAGAUUUACGAAGACGAGUCCAAGCGCUCCGGUCUCCUGCGAUCCUGGAAUGAUUGGCGAGCUAUCAAUGAGGAUUACCCAGCCCUUCCAGGACCCGGUGGCCUCCUACCUGGCAUGUCACCCGGCACCGUCAACACUGGCGGCAGUCGUGUUCUGCGCCUCAAGUCAUCAACCGCUCAAUCCUCCCGCUCCGCUGUGGGCCGAAGCGGUUCCCUCCCAACUGCCUCCUCCAACUCCUUCCCUCCUCUUUCCUCCGCUGCUGGCCCCUCUCGCCGUGGCAAAGUCUCCGCUACCCCUUGGGCAGCAGCCGCCCCGUCGCCGUCUUUCUCCCGCCCUACCAUCCCAAGCCCUGUGAGCCGUCCAUCAUCUACCGCACCGUCCUCCAGCCGCACACCCGCACCCGCCCCCAAGAGUGCAAAUGCUUUCCCUGCUCUCCCUGCAGCGGCAAAGCCCAAUGUGCUGAUGGCUGGCAAAACUCGUGGUACUGUCCGCUGGAAUGAUAACCGCGGCCCUGCCCCGAAUGCAUGGGGCUCAAAUCCGGGUUCCAGCACUGACUCUGCAACUGAAUCGAACACCGAAAACAACUCGGGUAAUGGUAAGAAAGGUAAGAAGAACAAGGGAAAGCAAACACUGUUCCAUUUCGGAUAA